AUGCCUACCAAAGAUUUUGCUGAUUUAGUUAUGUUACCACGCGAAUGGCGUCGUGGUGAUGAUUGUAUUCAAUGGCCACGAAAUCAUGAUUAUUAUAAUAUUGAAUGGCUUGAAAAUCUUUGGAAAUAUAUUAAUGAAAAACUUCCUACUGAUUUAUCAAUGCUUGAAAAUACCAAUAUACUUUAUUUACAACCUUUAUCACGUCCAUUAGGUGCUUCAACAGCUAAUAAUAGUAUAUCCUUAUAUAAAUUAUCAAAAAAUAUCGGUCUGAUACAAUUACCAAUUGUGCCAAGUAAAGAUGAUUUAGCUAUACAAAAAGUUUUAUUAAAAUUAAAUUUUUAUUGUAUUGAACCAUUUCCUGAGAUCAUUCGUCGACAUAAAUCUAUUGAUGAAUAUGUACCACAAUUAUCAUGUUUAGGUUUAUUACAAAUAUUUAAAUGUCGUUUAAGACAUUUUACACAAUUAAAAAUUCAACAUGAAUUUAAUACAUUAUUAAAUGAACAUGAUAUGAAAUUAUUAAGACAAUAUUUAUCAAGAAUAAUGACACAACAAUUAGAUGAUGCAAAUAUUCAAUGUAUUAAACAAUUACCUAUAUUUGAUAAUGCAUAUUUAGGCGUUGAUUCAAAUCAACAACAAUAUAAAUAUAUAAGUUUAAAUAAUAUUUUAUAUAUUUAUGAAUCUGGAACGAAAUUACCUUGUGAUUUACAACCACCUAAACAAUGUAUACAUGUUACAGAUAGUGAUUCAAGAAUAUUAUUAGAUAAAUUAGGUUAUGUUAUUCAUGAUUUCACUCAUGUUGCAAGAUAUCUUAUAACAACAAUUGGACAACAACAACAAUUAAAUAUCCAACAGCAACAACAACAACCAAAUGCAUCUACAAUAAAUACAACAUUUAAGAAUGAUCAACAAAAAAUGGCAUUUUUAGGUAAAUGGCUUUUAUCGAAUUGUGCAAAUUUAAUUUUAACAGAUGUUGUUUGUCAAGAUACAUUAUCAACAAGUCGCUUAUUUUCGAAUCGUAAAGGUGAACUUUGUUCAUGUCAACAAAUGUUUGAUCCAGCAUCAUUUCAUAUAAAUAAUAAAGAAAAAUUUUUAAUUUUAUUUGAAUCAAAAUAUUUACCAUCAAUUGAUAUAUGUUCAACAAAUGAACAUCUUACAUUACUUAAACAUCUUAAAUUAAAACAAUUUUAUGAUAUUAAAUGUGAUGAAUUAAUUGAUAUAUGUGAAUUAACAAUAAAAGAAUCAGCAACAAAUGGUAAACGUUCAUUAAUGUUUUUACUAGCUGAUUUUAUCAUUGAUAUAUUAAAUCAAAAUGCAAAAUUAAUUGAUGAUUAUUCUCAAACAAAACGAAUAAGUCUUAAACAAUAUUUAAAUAUAACACAAUGGAUACCAGUAAUGCUUGAAAGACCAACUACAUACCCAUCAACAUUAACAUGGCAAGGUUCUAUUGAUUCACGUCGUCCUUUUGUCACACCACGUGAAGUGUGUGAUAAAUCCAAUGCAUUUCUUGUUGGUGCAACCGCACUUGUUUCAUCUCUAGAUUUACCUGAAUCAUUUCUUUCUUCUUCACGUUCUUUAACAAUUUCUUCAUCAUCCAAUCGUUUAUUACUUGAUAUGCGUGAAAUCAAACUUGAUUUAUUAAUCAAACAACUAAAAUGUAUUGUUCUCUGUUACUUAAAAUGUUCAUCACACGAACAAAAAAGUGAAACAUUUGAUUAUUUGAAUUUAUGUAAACGUAUCUAUGAUGCAUUAUCACAUAUAAAUAAUCCAAGUGAUAUAUUAAAAGAAAUGCGUAUAUGCGAUUUAAUUGAUUGGAUAUGGAAUGGUACAAAUGGUUUUUCAUCAUCAAAUCAAAUCUAUUUAAUUGAUAAAACACAUCCAUUAGCAUCCUAUGUACAAAUUCUUCCAUAUGAAUUAUAUAAUUAUCGAAAAUUUUUUGAAUCAAUGGGUGUUAAAUAUCAACCUGAUUCAGCUAAAAUCGAAGAUAUAAUACGUAAUCAACAAAUUUAUGAUGAAAAUUUAUUUAAAUGGAUUAAAGAUACAUAUACAACCGAUCGACGUUUAUUACAAAUUGUUAAUGAUAUGGAAGUUAAAACAACAAAACAAGUCCCACCAACAAAAAAUAUUUUAGACGAACAAACAAGAAUAACAUUUUCAAGUACAUUAGAUUUGUCUGAAGAAAAAAUCUAUCUUUAUCUUCCAGAUAUAUUUAAUAAACAAAAUAAUGUGAAAGAAACUGUUGUUCAAGCAUUAACAACAAUAUCAAAAGAAAAAAAAUGUCAAUUAUUAACAGAAGAAGAUUAUUUUAUACGUAAAAUGUCUGGUGCUGAAUAUCAAAAAAAUCUUUAUGAUCAUUAUCGGGCAUAUAAUGAUUUACUUUUACCUAAUUUAAAUGUUUUACCUAAAAAUGUGAAAGAUACAUUAGUAUUAUUUGCAUUAGAUCAUGCCGAUGCAUUAAUGUUGAAUAUAUUAAAACAACAUUGUUGUAUACCAUGUACACCAAAUGGAAGAAUAUUAAAUAAACCAUCAAAAUUAAUACAUCCCUAUUGUCGUUUAGCAUCUCUCUAUUCAGAUAUUGAUUCAUUAUUUCCAUAUGGUGGACAAGAUUCGUAUUUACGAGAAGAUCGAUUAAAUGUUUUAAAAUUACUUGGCAUGAAAUGUGAUGAUAAUCUUGUAACAUGGCCUGAACUUGUUGAACGUUGUGAAUCUAUUCAACGUAUGCGUGAUUAUGAUUUAGCACAUGAACGUUCAUUAGCACUUCUUCAAAUUCUUAAUGAUAUGUUAUCAAUAUCAUCUUCAAAUACAACACGAACAUUUGAUGAAAAUGAUGAUUCAACAGAUCGUCGUUCACGUCAAUCAACAUCAAUAUCACGUGAUAAACCACCAAAUACUCAAUCAUCAAUUAUUAAUACACAUGAAGCACUUCAGGAUAAAGAAGCACGUACACGUGCAUCAGUACAAUUACGCGAAUUACCAUUUAUACCAAUAAAACCACGACCAAAUGAAUUAAAUGGUAUUAGUUUAACUUGGAUGGGUGAUAAAUAUAUUGGAAGAUUAUUUAAACCAAAAGAUAUUUUAUCUCAACAAUAUGAACAAUUAGUUUGUUGUUCAUGGCCAAUAGCACAACAAUCAAAAAAUGCUCAAGAACAACCAACUAUAACAAAACAAGUUGAACAUUUUCUUGGACUUGAUGAUACAACUAAAAUUGAAUUACGUGAUGUACUUAAACAACUUGAUGAACUUGCUAAAUUAACUGUUAUCAAUGGUCCAAGUUCAACUAUAUAUAAUCAUCAAAUAACAUCAAAAUAUAUUCUUGACAUGAGCUAUUCAAUAUAUGAUUAUAUUCAAUCAUUCUGUUUUCCUCAUAUAAAAACCAGUGAAAAUUUAUUUGAAUAUCGUUCAUCAUCAAUGACAUCGGCUCAAUUAGAACAAUGUAUACGUGAUAUACGUGAAUUUUUUUCACAACGUCGUCUUAUUUAUAUGAAUGAUUCAUCAUCAACUGAUACCUAUUUAUUUCUAUCAUUAUCACAAUUAUUAUGGCAAGCACCCACACGUACAUCAAUAUCAAAUAAUUUAAAACCAUAUUAUUAUCCAAUAUCAUUAUCAUUACAUAAACAAUAUAAGAAUUUUUUUCUUGAUUUAUUACAAGUUAAAAUGCAAAUUGAUGGUAAAGAUCUUUUAAAUAUAAUUGAACAAAUUAAAAAAAAAUAUGGUACAAAACCAAUAGAUAAAGAUGAUUUAACAUUAUUACAAAAUAUUUAUACAUUAUUAAUUGAACAAUAUUCAAAUAUUUUUAAUACAAAUACAAUAUUACAUUUACCCAAUGUUGAUUGUGUUCUUCAUCCUGGUUCAACAUUAUUUUUUUAUCCAUUUGAAAGAGAACAAAUGUGUAAGUUUUCAAUGCGAUCGAUUUAA